CAACGUGAAAUGAACGGUCAAGAUUUCUAUGGUCGAACAUUCUCCAGAAGAUACCAUAAAUCUUUAUUUCUAAGUAGGGUUUUAAGGGUUUAAGCAAACUGUGCAAUUCUCCUGGGAGGGCGUUAAACACUUUCCAUUUCUGCAGUAAGCAAACGAAAGAUAAUUCUGAUUCAUUUAAGCGUGUGUUUCAGGGUUGUGUAAGCAGCAAUUAUGGUGAAGGGACCUGGACUGUUCUCUGACAUUGGGAAGAAAACCAGAGAUCUCCUUUAUAAGGAUUUCCUUUUUGAUCAAAAGUUUACCCUUACCACCUACACAUCCACUGGAUUGGCAUUUACAUCAACUGGUACCAAGAAAGGAGAAUUAUUUCUCGGGGAUCUAACUACACAGUUGAAGAAUAAGAACAUCACAACUGAUAUUAAAGUGGACACGUCAUCCAAUCUUAUUGCGACUGUGACGAUCGAUGAACCAACACCAGGAUUGAAAACUUCUUUUAGCUUUACCAUUCCGGACCAGAGAUCUGGCAAGGCUGAGAUUCAAUACCUUCACGACUAUGCAGGUAUCACCGCUAGCAUUGGUCUCACAGCAACUCCAGUUGUGGAGGCCUCUGUGGUUGUAGGAAAUGAAGCUAUUGCUGUUGGGGGGGAGCUUGCAUUUGAUACAACAUCUGGAAAUUUGAGAAAAUACAACGCAGGCAUAAGCUACACAAUGCCUGAUUUUAUUUCUUCUGUGCAUGUCACUGACAAAGGUGAUACAAUGAAGGGAUCUUAUUAUCAUAUUGUGAGCCCUCUGACAAAGACAGCUGUUGGAGCAGAAGUUGCCCAUAGCUUUUCAAAGAAUGAAAACGUUUUCACCAUAGGUACUCAGUAUGCCUUGGAUCCCUUGACAACAGUAAAAGGGCGCUUGGAUAACCGUGGAAAGGUUGCUGGUCUUGUUCAGCAUGAGUGGAGGCCAAAAUCUUUGAUAACCUUUUCAGGGGAGGUUGACACUAAAGCUCUUGAUAACAGUGCUAAGUUGGGUUUAUCUGUACUUCUGAAGCCUUGAAGGUAGUUUUGAUGAAUUACUGGAGAACUUUUUUGAUGAAUAAUUUGGCUGGGGAUUUUGUUAUUCUGUGUUGCUUUUGAUACUUGAGUAAUUCCUGCAAUUUGUUGAAAGGGGCACCUGGUUGCUCUUAUUCAGAGCUUGGUAGUAUGCAAAUAUCGAUCUGUAAGGAUGAAGGAAUUUUCCAUUCAUCAUGAGCAGUAGGCAAUUUUUAAGGUAGGGGAAGGUCUUUGGUCUUGAAUCGUACCAUGCUAUUGAUCCUCUUUUUGUUACUCAAUUGAUGUUACAUUUCUUUUUGAACUCAAAAUGGAAAAUGGCACAGAUUGUUUAGGAGGAAUCUUUCGGCUGUUGAGAAUACUUAGUUUGGUUGAAGGAAUGAAAUAUAUGACUAACAGCAUAUUAUGAUUA